UGAAGGGAAAUAGUAGUUGCUGUAACCCAACUGAAUGUGGGUCCAUUCACCCAGCACACAGAAACAAACACAAGCACCAGGAUUUGCAGUGACGGAAAGGGAGGCAUUGAUUGCAGGGUGCCAAGCAAGGAGAACUGGGCAGCUAAUGCUGAAGACCCUAACUCCCCAGUGGCUUUCGGGCAAGGGUUUUACAAUUUUAUUUAUUUUAUUAUUAUUUGAAACAGGGUCUUGCUCUGUCACCCAGGCUGGAGUGCAUUGAUCCUGGCUCACUGCAGCCUUGUCCUCCCAGGCUCAAGGGAUCCUGCCUACUCAGCCUCCUAAGUAGCUGGAACUACAGGCGUGCACCAUCACCACACCUGGUUAAUUUUUGUAUUUUUAUUUUCUAGACAUGGGGUCUCACUAUGUUGUCCAGGCUGGUCUCAAACUCCCGGGCUCAAGCAGUCCUCCUGCCUCGGCCUCCCAGAAUGCUGGAAUUACAGGUUAUUUUGCUUUGCAAGUUGGAAAGGCAAGAUUAAAAUACAAAGUUACGCCCCCAGCAGUCACUGGGUCACCAGAGUUUGAGAGAGUAUUUCGGGCACAACAAAACUGUGUGGAGUUUUAUCCUAUAUUCAUAAUUACAUUGUGGAUGGCUGGGUGGUAUUUCAACCAAGUUUUUGCUACUUGUCUGGGUCUGGUGUACAUAUAUGGCCGUCACCUAUACUUCUGGGGAUAUUCAGAAGCUGCUAAAAAACGGAUCACUGGUUUCCGAUUGAGUCUGGGGAUUUUGGCCUUGUUGACCCUCCUAGGUGCCCUGGGAAUUGCAAACAGCUUUCUGGAUGAAUAUCUGGACCUCAAUAUUGCCAAGAAACUGAGGCGGCAAUUCUAACUUUUUCUCUACCCUUUAAUGCUUGCAAAAGUUGUUCCCACCACGAAGGUAAUAUGGUAUCAUUUGUUAAAUAAAAAUGAAGUCUUUA